CUUUUCUUUUGCUUAAUAUCAAAACUUUAUCAUACUGAAAAAGUAACUCAGUUUAAAUUGUGGCAAAAAUUCAUACACAAAAUUUAGUCAUUUAUAUUUACGGACAACGUUAAUCAUGUCGUAUCAACUAUACAGAAACACUACACUUGGAAAUACUUUACAAGAGAGUCUCGAUGAACUAAUACAGUAUGGACACAUUACACCGACAUUGGCAUUCAAGGUACUCCUGCAAUUUGACAAAUCCAUCAACUUGGCUCUAAAUCAACGGGUAAAAGCUAGAGUUACCUUCAAGGCGAACAAACUGAAUACGUAUCGAUUCUGCGAUAAUGUGUGGACGCUCAUGUUAAAUGAAGUGGAGUUCCGCGAAGUGCACGAAUUCGCUAAAGUAGAUAAAGUGAAAAUUGUUGCCUGCGAUGGAAAGAGUGGAGAAUUCAAUGCAUAAUGUUUUAAUAUCAACAGUAUGACAAACGAUCGGUUCUCGGCAAAACUAUUACUAUACAAAUGAACAUUUAUGCUGACUAGGUUAUAGUGAACGGAACGGCGGAAAACGGUGUAUUUGAACAAAAUGGUUCAAAGAUACAAAUAUUUAAGUAAAUUAGUAAUGUAAUUUAUAAAAAAAAAAAACAAAAUAUGAGAAUACAACGAGAAUUAUCUUAUGACAAUUAUCUAAAAAUAUUUUGUAUACUAUUUAAUACUAAUAACUAAUCAAUUAAACCGAUAAAUGCAAAUGAUAAAA